AUGUCCGAAAAUGCUGCUCCUGCCGAGUUCGAAGGUGUCGACAAGGCACUGAAGGGUUCCUUAAAAGGCAGGGAUUAUGACGAAACUCGUCGGAUUCUUUACGGAAGAGCAUAUCCAGAGCUGAAUAUUCCCGAAGCAAAGCAGCGCGCAACUGAUGGAAACUUCGAGUUGCAGGGGUACCAGGUCGCAGCUGAGCUCGAACAGCUUCGGCCUCCUCGACUAGUACGUCAUUUUUCUAAACCCUGUUAA